CCAUGGUCAUCACCAAGUCGAGCAGAGAAUAUGUAAGAAGGGAGGAAGAAACAGCCGCCUCAAAUUCCCUUGUGUAUACUGCAUGCCAGCUCAGUUCCUCCUCUUCCUUUGUUUCCCAAUUCUACGCACAAGAAUUCUAGCAUCGUUUGCACAGUGGUGGGGAAAUGUGGAGAAGAAGCUCCACCCUCAUUGUCUUAAUUGCCCUUCUCCUUCCUUUGCGGUUCGUCAACAUGGCUGACAACCCCUACUGGCGUUGCAUCGGCAACUCAAGCUACGAGGCGAACAGCACCUUCAGCCAUAACCUGCAGCGUGCGCUGGCCACUAUGGUGGCCAACGCUUCCGUCACUGGCUUUUACAAUGGCACCGUGGGCAAGAGCCCUGACCAAGCCACUGCUAUCGGCGGUUGUCGAGGUGACCUCGACGGCGAAGCUUGCCAGGUCUGUCUCUCUGACGCUGCCUCACAGGUCGCCUUGCGGUGCCCCAGAAUCAGAUCGGCCUUUAUUGUCUUCCAAGCCUGCAUCGUGGCCGCCGUUGCCGAUACCACCGUACCUCCAGCUUAUAGAGUUUUGUCCCUCCCGGGCUUUCAAACCGUCCCUGACCCCCAAAGAUUCAAUGCCAUGCUCACCCUCUUCUUCUACAAGCUGAUUGCCUCCGCCACCACCAACCCCUCGGGCCGUUUGUUCUGGGGCGACAAGUUCAAGUACACUCAAAACAUUACUAUCUACGGCAUGGCGCUCUGCAUUCAGUCCCUGUCCCAAAAGCGCUGCAGAUCUUGCUUAUACAUAGCCUUCGGCCAAAUGCUCAGGGAUGCUGGGGGUACAAAUGGCGGUGUAGUUUAUCAUAACGUCGAAUGCCUUCUAAGAUUCGCAGUCUUUCCCUUUUUCACUCCCCUACCCCAUGAGAUUUAUCUUAGCAGCGCCAUUUCUGUCUCAGCUAAUUGCUCCCCACCAGCAUCCAGCAACAAGGUUGGCAGCCCCUUUCACAGAAACCUCAAGGCUUUGCUCUCUCAUCUGAUAGUGUAUGUACCUGUCUCUGGCUUAUACGACGAGAACGUUGGUGUCGGCUCCAGCCAAGUCUAUGGCCAAGCCUUGUGCCGAGGCGACAUCCCUGAUGACGUUUGCUGGGAGUGCAUUGCCCUGGCUUCUUCUAAAAUCCAAGAAUUAUGCCCCAAUAGUAGAAGGGCAAUCAUAUGGCUCGACCACUGCCAGUUGCGCUACUCUGACGAGAACUUCCCCGGUAAGGUAGACGUCUAUGACAGGGCAUGCCAACCAGCAGCAGACAAUGCAUCAAAUCUUCCGAACUUCUAUCAGAGUUUGAGAAUCCUUGUAGCCAACCUGACCUCGCUGGUGACGCAGAGCUCUCCUAAUAAUCGCUUCUUUGCUACGGGAGUCUCUGUCCUUGCAGGAGCAAAGAGGAUCUACGCUCUGGUGCAGUGCGUGAAAGAUAUACCUGCGGGCCAAUGUGGGUGGUGCUUGCAAAAUGCCAGCUCCGAUAUUGCAGCAUGCUUUAAUGGAAAGCAAAGCGGUCGCAUCCUCAGGGGAAGCUGCAACUUGGCUUUUGGAGUGCGGCCUUUCUUCUACGGCUAUCCUACUGUGAUAUCACUUCCGGAGCCCAGUCACGGGCGUAAGCAUUGGUGGAUAUACGUUGUCAUCUCCUUCGUUGGUGUGCUACUGCUAACAACAGCGUGUACGUUCUGCUUAGUUCGGAGACGAAAGCAGAAUCCAGAGAAUCUAAAACAGAAAGAAGCAACUCCAAUCGAUUCGGAAAGUGCAAAAGAGAAUGAGGCAAUCUAUAAUUUACCGCAAUUCAGCCUGAGGACAGUUGAAGGUGCUACAGAUAGAUUUUCAAAAUCAAAUAAGCUUGGAGAAGGUGGUUAUGGUCCUGUCUACAAGGGGAAGCUUCCUGAUGGACAGGAAAUAGCAGUGAAGAGGCUGUCUGGUCGCACUGGGCAAGGCUUAAAGGAGUUCAGGAAUGAAGUUGAGUUGAUAGCCAAACUUCAACACACAAACCUGGUUAGGCUUAUUGGUUGCUGCUUGGAAAAUGAGGAGAUGAUACUCAUAUAUGAAUACAUGCCCAACAAAAGCCUUGAUUUCUUCCUUGAAGGUCCAGAAACCCGUGCUUCAUUUGAUUGGGAGAAGAGGUUCAAUAUUAUCAUAGGAAUUGCAAGGGGGAUGCUUUAUCUUCACCAAGAUUCUCGACUCAAUAUCAUUCAUCGGGAUCUCAAAGCUAGCAACGUGCUGCUAGACAAGCAACUGAAUCCUAAGAUUUCUGAUUUCGGGUUGGCAAGGAUUUUCAGUGGAGUUCAGGGCCAGGCAACCACCAGUAUCAUUGUUGGUACUUUAGGAUAUAUGGCUCCAGAGUAUGCCAUGGAAGGUGUGUUUUCUACAAAAUCUGAUGUCUACAGCUUUGGUAUUUUAUUGUUGGAAAUCAUCGGCGGCCAACUGGAUAUACGUUUUCAUGCAAGCCAUCAGGGUGCUGGUCUCGUUGAACAUGCAUGGAGCUUGUGGCAUGAAGGGAAAGGGACAGAGUUCAUCGACCCAGUCCUUAAAGAUGGUUCUACUUCAACAAGUGAUCAAAUGCUAAGGUGUUUGCAUAUUGCCUUUCUUUGCAUUCAAGAAGAUCCUGCAACCAGGCCACCCAUGUCCACGGUAGUUCUCAUGCUUGGGAACAAUUCUUUGGACCUUCCCCUGCCCAAACAACCUGCACUUAUUGGGGAAAAAAUUGCAGGAUCAAGCCUACCUCGUUCUUCUGUUAUUUGGUCUAUUGCUUCUAAAAGCACGACAGAGUGAAAGGAACGAAAGUUGCACCCAGAAUUAUUGUGAACAUGGAAGACAUUCUGUCAACGUACGGAAAACAUGCAUUGGAGAAGUAAACAUAUACCUAAUGGAUUUUAUCCGAUUUGUAGUACAUCCUACUUCUUA